AUGGGCCAAAACCAAAAGGCCAAACACAAUGCCACAGCGUCAUGUAGGCCGCCGCGACAGUUGUGUGUUGAGACUCCGAGUCGAGGUAGGGGCUGGGGGCGGAGACGGGAAUUUUUCUACGUGAAGUCGUCCAACAUGCUGCCGAACAGGCUGCUUAUCGCCUCGGCCCUCCUCAUGGGCCUCUGUGGCGCUUCGCACAUCGACAGCGGUCACCGCCAUGGUAGGUGUGACGCACUGUCCUGAAUGCCUGGCGGCGGAGAGAAUGACGAACAGUGCAAACCAGUCAACAAGCCAUGCAACAGUCCGUGUCUGUAUACAUGCAUCGAGACAGGUUCCACGAGUAUACUAUUCAGACGAGCCAACAUGUUGACUGCUGAUUCGCUCUUCCAGGCUAUCUCGAGGAGUCCGUGGAACGUGAAGGUGCUGUUGAGGACAGCAUUGAUACUUUGACGGGUACGCGUAUGAUGCGUGCAUGCUAAUCGGAGCCUUGUCCGCACGCCUCACGCGGUGAUAUUUGCUAUCAGUGCCCCAAGCCCACGGCAAUGACCAGCUCAGCCUGGGUGAGAUACAUAGACCAUACAGCACUCAGGCCCUGAGCCAAUCAUCAAUAUUCAUGGCUUCCAAUUCUCCAAUUGAUUGUCUGCCAGAGACAAGCUUUGAUGACCUUUUCCAGGGCACAAUCCCACAACUUGAAUGCAAUGCUACCGGUGAAUCACUCGAAUGGAUAUCUCAAAUGAAUGAGACAUCAAUUGUGAGACAUGCUAUACAAGUUGUUGGAUUUCUGCAGCAGAAUGCACUUACGAAGGCAAUAAAGGCGCGACAAAAAAGGCGCGACAGAAAAGGCGCGACAGAAAAGGCGCGACAAAGCGGCAAGAGUAG